AUGGUCGGUUUUGAUCUGGAUUACAAUUAUGAUCCGCCUACAUUAGUUCGGUCUACUUGGGGUAAAAAUUAUGAUAUCGGUCUCUAUGGUAGGAUUGGUCUCCAAUGCCGCAAUCUUCACAAGGGAACAAACCUAAAGUUUAAACGCUUGGAGAAACAUAGUAUCAAGCUGACUGGGUACGUCAACUUCUACAUAACUUUGGAGGCAACCGAUCCAGCCACUGGCUCUCUUUGCUCUUUUCAGACUCUGUUUAUCGAUUUUGGAAGCUGCCUUUCGUUGGGGGCUAGGAUUACCUGGGUGACCUUUGCCUCCAGAAUCAAACAAAUACCUAACGAGCCUGUAGAUGAUGAAUGGGAGGAGGAGGACACACCUGGAAUAAAUGAGUUCUACAAAGGUCCCCUGCCCAAAUGGUUUUCUGAUGAAGCUUUGGAACGUGACACUAAAAAGUAUUACGUGGUGCCAGAAUCAGGCUGCAUAACAAUGACUGGCUUCAACUUCUCAUGGAAGUCGCCUUCUUCUCCAAAGCAGAACGUGCAUUGUUUGGAUGCUUACCUACCCUUGGAGCUCAAGAACGUUGUUGUGGAAACUUUUGAAGAUUACACAACAGAGCCUAGUGAGAAGCUCAAAGCAGAUAAUGCAAUCUUCUACAUCAGUUACAAGUGUUGCUCUGAUCCUUUUCUUCGUUUGGGUGGUCCUCACUUUUUGACUGGUGAUCACCGUGCCAUAGUAAGGAAAAUCAUGGAUGGUAAACCAGGCCACAUGCGUCUUGAAGUUGCCCUAACCAGAGAACAAGAAAAUAAGUAGAGAGACAUGUGGAUCUGGUCUGUUAUAGUUUAGGAGUUAUCUAACGAGUGGGAUCUAUAUCUAACCUCCUCUGUGGGAUUUCUGUCUGCAGUGCAUAAUUUGAUUGAGAACCAAGUAACACAACAAGUCGUCUAAAAGAAAGAAGAAUAUAUGCACAACUUCUUUUAAGAUACCAAGUCAAAACAUAUAAUAUUAACGAAUCCAAAUUUCACAAUUUUUGAAGCAUUAUCUUUUCUUUGCAAGUGUAUGCCCUCAGAGUUCUGAACAGUCCUCUACCAAAUGCAAACAUCUGCAUUUGAAACAGUCGAGGUCGAAAAGGUUGAAUUAUGUGAUCAAGUUAUUAUACGAUAUACUUCAUGAAAAAUAUUCACCGCGGAUUUAGAAAACAUUUUAACCGGAAGCACAAUAUUAUAAGUGUAAUAUAUAAUUCGAAUAUUAAAUUAGUGUUGAAUUUUAAAUACAAUGAUAUAUAUUAGUCAAAUAUAACUAGAAUUUUAUUUUUAAGUAUUAUAUUAUAUUUUUGUCAAUCAUUUUGUCCAUAAGAAAAUAUUUAACUGUUUAUAAAAUAUAUAAUACAAACUAGUAUAAAACUUAAAUAGAGUUAUGAAAUAUUUUCAAAGAAAAGAGGAAAGAAAAAAUAGUGUUUUAUUAGAUGCAUAGACAAAACAAGGUUAUGUAUAAAAGAUGUUUCUUGUUAAAAAAAAAGUAAUAUCUAUAUUAUUAUUUGCGAAGUAAAUUUUAGCAACGGAACUCUCACGUUAAAAGUUAGAGCGGUUAAUAUCUAUAUUACCCUUAAUGAAUUUAUAUAUAGUUAACUAUAUAAUCAAAAAUGAAUUUUUAUUUAUAAUGUUAAUUUUUUUUUCAAAAAGAUAAUUUUUAUCUUGUGCUGUUAUCUUAAAAUAUAUUUUCAGUUAUAAAAUUUAAAAUAAGAUAUAAAACUAUUAAUAAUAAUUAAGUGAUUAAAGUCAUUGUUACUCUUAAUGAAUUUUAUAUAUAAUUAAUUAUAUAAUUAAAAAAGAAUUUUGAUUCAUAAUAUUAAUUUUUUUAAAUAAGAUAAUUCUUAUAUAUUGUGUUGUUAUCUUAAAAUUUAUUUUUUCAAUUAUAAAGUUAGAAAAUAACAAAUAAAAAAUUUAGAAUUAAAUAUUAAUCAACAAAAUUUGUAUAAAUAUAUUUACUAAAAUAUUUUUAAUAUGUGAAUGUUUUCUUUUAAAAUUUCAGCAUAAUAAUAAAUAUAUAUAUUUUAAUUAAAUUUACGUCAUAUAUUUAUAUAUAUAUAUAUAUAAUUUAAUGUUGAAUUUAAUUUUUUUAAAAAUAUAAAUAAUAAGUUAUCAUGCUGAUUUUUAAAUCAAUAAAUUAUAAACUAAUAUAUAUUUGUAAAAUUUAAGUCCACAUGUACGAGCAAAACAUCUAGUUAAUAAUAAAAGAAAUUUCUAAACUAUAGGCUGACCAUAGUCUAGCGAACCUACAUAACACAAAUGGUAAAACAUAAAAGUUAUAUUAAUAUUUUUUUUUUUGAUCCAAAAAAUUAUAUUAAUAUAUAAAUUAAAAUUGAAGAAUAAAAAAAUUGUACGCAUAGCAAAUAGUACCCUUUA